UAUAGCUCAACUACAUACGCGCGCUUAACUCGGUCUCGUCCGAUCCAUCCUUCCCUCCCUCUCCAUCCAUCGAUCCAUUCGCCGCCUCGGUGUCCUCCUUCCUCGCGCCGCGCCGGAGACGAUGAUGAUGCAUCCGCCGCUGGCGGCGCCCGGCGUCUCGCCGGCCCGGUGGUCGUUUCGCGCUCCGGCCAAAGGUCGCCAUCGUCCACGCGUCUGGCGCGUCGACCGCGACGGCGACGGCGGGGACGACGUCGGCUCCGGCGCCGCGUGGAGGGCGCGGGCGGCCACCGGCGUCUCCAGCUCCAGCUCCAGCGCAACAGCCAAAGGGCUUCAAACCAACCUGAUCGAGCACGAGAGCAGGAUCACAAAAUGGCCCGACGAAUCACGCGACCUCGACGACUACCAGCAAAUCAACGAUGCGGCGGAGCUGCGGGCGGCGGUGGAGCAGGUGAGGUCGGCGCUGGCGUCGAUGGAGGACGGCGCGAUCACCGCGUCGGCGUACGACACGGCGUGGGUGGCGCUGGUGCCGCGGCUGGAGGGCGGCGGCGGCGAGGGGCCGGAGUUCCCGGGCGCCGUGCGGUGGAUCGUGGGCAGGCAGCUCGCCGACGGGUCGUGGGGCGACGGCGUGGUGUUCUCGGCGUACGACCGCGUGAUCAACACCCUCGCCUGCGUCGUCGCCCUCACCAAAUGGUCCCUCCACCAACACAGCUGCAACCGAGGACUUGAUUUUCUGAAGCAGAACAUGUGGAGGUUAGCAGAGGAAGAGCCGGAGACGAUGCCGAUUGGGUUUGAGAUUGCGUUCCCUUCUCUUGUGGAGGCAGCUCGGAGCUUGGACAUCGACUUCCCGUAUGAUCACCCUUCUCUCAACGCCAUAUAUGCUAACAGAGACCUUAAGCUCAAGAGGAUUCCAAAGGACAUGAUGCACAUAGUUCCAACAUCAAUCCUGCAUAGCCUCGAAGGGAUGCCAGGGCUGGACUGGCAGAGGCUUCUGAAGCUGCAAUCCAGAGAUGGAUCCUUCCUGUUCUCCCCCUCGUCCACUGCCUACGCUCUCAUGCAGACCGGCGACAGGAAAUGCCUCGCCUACAUCGACCGGAUCGUCAAGAAAUUCGACGGAGGAGUUCCCAACGUUUACCCUGUCGAUCUCUUCGAGCACCUAUGGGUGGUUGAUCGGCUGGAGCGCCUUGGGAUUUCGCGGUACUUCCAGCGAGAGAUUGAGCACAUCAUGGACUAUGUCAACAGGCACUGGACUGAAGAUGGCAUUUGCUGGGCUAGGAACUCCAAUGUAAAAGAUGUGGAUGACACAGCUAUGGCUUUCCGCCUACUACGGCUCCAUGGAUACAAUGUCUCACCAAGUGUGUUCAAGAAUUUUGAGAAGGAUGGGGAGUUCUUUUGUUUUGUGGGGCAGUCAACACAAGCAGUCACUGGGAUGUACAACCUCAACAGAGCAUCUCAGAUAAGCUUUCCAGGGGAGGACAUCUUGCAGCGUGCAAGGAGUUUCUCAAAUGAGUUCCUGAGAGAAAGAGAAGCCCAGGGAACACUUCAUGAUAAAUGGAUCAUUUCCAAGGACCUACCAGGAGAGGUACAAUACACAUUAGACUUUCCCUGGUAUGCGAGCUUGCCACGUGUCGAGGCGAGAACAUACCUAGACCAGUAUGGUGGUAACAAUGAUGUCUGGAUUGGAAAGACACUCUACAGGAUGCCUCUGGUGAAUAACAACACAUAUCUUGAGCUGGCAAAACUGGAUUUCAACCGAUGUCAGGCUAUACAUCAGCAGGAGUUGCAUGGUCUACAAAAGUGGUUUGUUGAGAAUGACCUCAAGGCUUUUGGGGUAGCAUCUGAAGACGUUUUCAGAGCUUAUUUCCUAGCUGCUGCUUGCAUCUUUGAACCAAACCGUGCCACCGAGCGACUUGCAUGGGCUAGAGUGUCAGUGCUGGCCAACACAAUUUCUAGACACUUUCACAGCGAUAUGUCAAGCAUGAAAAGGAUGGAACGUUUUAUGUGCAGCAGUCUCUAUGAAGAAAAUGGCAAUGUAUUAUGGCUUGAAGGAUAUGCAAAAGAUGAAAUUCUUGCCAGAACACUUUGUCAACUUAUUGAUAUGUUGUCUAAAGAGGCACCGCCAGUUCGAGAAGGUCCAAAAUGUAUUCAUAAUCUCAUAAGAUGUGCUUGGAUUGAAUGGAUGAUGCAACAUAUCAACAUGAAGAAUGAUGGAUAUGGUGAAGGAGGAGUUAUGGAUCCAGGGUCAUGCAUUGUUCAUAACAAAGAAACAUGUCUGCUUAUUGCUCAAAUCAUCGAGAUCUGUGCUGGACGAACUGGAGAGGCAGCAUCUAUGAUAAGUAACACGGAUGGUGCUUGGUUUAUUCAACUUGCUUCCUCUAUUUGCGACUCUCUUCACCACAAGAUGUCACUUUCCCAGGAUAGCAAGAAGAAUGAGACAACGAUAAAUCAAAUAGACAAGGAAAUUGAGUUGGGUUUGCAAGAACUUGCUCAAUAUCUUCUUCCAAGAGCUGAUGAUAGAAGAACUAACAACAAAACCAAGCAGACCUUCUUGGACAUUGUGAAAAGCUGUUAUUAUGCUGCUCAUUGCUCGUCAGAUAUUCUUGAUAGACAUAUGUCUGAAGUUAUUUUUCAGCAUGUUAUUUGAAAUAAAGUUGAUCUAAAUACAGCAUUUGUAGGGUUGAAUCAGAUGUAAAUAUUUCUGUGUGGGAAAAUCAUGUAAAGAAAAAUGAGAGAGAAUAAGUAUAUAAACAAUAGUUUAUUGUUAAGAGAUAGUACAAUGUUUACAUCAUGUGAAUGAUGGUGUAUUUCUAUAUGGUUCUAGAUGUGGUACACAUGCUUGUUUAGCAAUGAAUCAGGAUAUGCAUCGAGCCCAAACAAGGGCAUUUUGAUCU